GUUCAAAGUGUAAGAGGGAAAUAAGUAGAGUACGAGAGCUCAAACAAUGGCGAAGAUCACGAAGCCGCAACUCAUGAUUCCCUUUACAAUCCUUAUGCUCCUCAUGGCCGUACAAGGGGCCGAGUCCCAGCGGUGCACCCCAUCGAGCAUCGACAUCCAGCAGACUAACACCGGGAAGAAGGUCGGCGCGCUCGACACGAUGUUCCAAGUGUCGGUGACUAACAGGUGCACGUGCACGGUGAGGACCGUCUUCCUCAGGGCCGACGGUUUCACGAGCGCGGUGGCCGUUGACCCCAAGCUGUUCCGACAGGCGGGGUCUGCCGGCUACCUCGUCGGCGAUGGCCGGCGCAUCCCGAGCGCCAAAUCGGUCACGUUUCAAUACGCUUGGGACCACUACUUCAAGAUGACUCCCGCUAGCAUUCAGGCUGAAUGCUAGAUUAGGGCAUACACAUAUUCUUCAUCAUUGGAACAUUGUUGCUUUUAGCUAGUCUCAUAUAUAUAUUUGUCUUUGAGGGUGCUAUUUAUUAUAUAUGGUGGUGCAUGCUCAUUGCUACAUUCGGUUUAGAGGAAUAAUAUAUAGCGUCGUGUCGUAAGGCCACUUAGUAUGUAAUCUUUGCUGUAUGUGUUGCAUUAAAGAAAACAAAAAAAGCUGCGCU